CAACAAAGACAAUUACUAAAUUUUUGUUUGUAUCUUGAUCUCCCCAUACUUAUUCCCUUCUACUUCUACUUUCUCUCAGUUCCUUUACUUUCUCUGGGACCCCUCCCGAAGCCAAUAGAGUGCAAAGGGUAUUUGCCACUGCUUUAUCUAUGAAAGCAAGAGUGGAAGAGAAGGAAAAGGUUUGAUGUGUGAGUGAUGAGAGGGUGAGUUGGUAACAUGGAAGGUGCGGAGGAGGAGCUAGAAAGAAGAAGCAGGUUUCUUAAAAGCUUGAUACAGAAGAAGAAAACCAUAGAGCAACAAGAGCAGCAUGAUCACCUGCAACACAAUAACCUUCGUGUCAGAGCUUGUGACAUGCCUCUCCCUCUUCAGAAUCGUGCCUUUCGUUGUGCACGUGAUCUCCUCGAUUCUAUGCCACCAAAGAAGCUUGAUAGUAAACGCCUGGCCCUCACACUUAAGAAGGAAUUUGAUUCUUCGUAUGGUCCAGCUUGGCACUGCAUUGUGGGUACUAGUUUUGGCUCCUAUGUUACUCAUUCCCUUGGUGGUUUCGUGUAUUUUUCCAUUGACAAGGUCUAUGUUCUUCUCUUCAAGACAGCUGUUGAACCAUUAGACCAUUCAUAGCUUCCACAACUGAGUUAUAUGCACAUCUCCUUGGAAACUUUAAUUAAUUUAAUAUUUCAAACCAAUAGGUGUAUGGAAUUACAAAUUGUAAAAUUUAAAGACAUUGUAUUCUGUGAAGUAUUUGAUGGACUUGUGUUUGGAGUAGGAGAGCAUUUGAGUGUGUAAUUUGUUGUGACAAGCAAAAAGAUACAAAUUGUUUUUCUUAAGAACACAUAAAAGAUUCAUUUCUCA